UCUUCCGAGAAAAGAUCGAGUGCUCCUCGCACAUCGCCUACCAAAACUUCCCUCUGGCUGAAGAAAAGAUUCGAUUUUUUUUUUUUGAAAUUUCGUAACCGGAAAUUGAAAGACAGAGAUCGCCAAUCAACCCUCUCCUAGGUUCCGAUGGAGUUCAGCACUGUCUGUACUAAUUGACACUUCAAUUUGGGUACUCAGAGUGAAGGUGGAUUCAAACUGUUGUUCAAUCUUUUUUUUACUGUGGAUUAUAACAGGCAAAAUGAACAAGGGGUUUUGGAUGGCAAAGGGCGCAGGGCAUGAAAAUGAUGGAGAUGCAACUUAUGGUAACCCUUCAAGAAUUGAACCAAAGCGGUCUCACCAAUGGUUUGCAGAUUCUACUGAACCCCAGCUGUUCCGCAACAAAAAGCAAGCCGUACAUGUUCCAAACAGCAAUUUGAGCAUGGGAAUGCCAACUGAAACUGUCUCGUGGGAGAAUCCUUCCAGUUUCCAGUCGGUUCCACAUCAAUUUAUUGACCGAUUAUUUGGAUCCGAUACAGAAAGCGCUGCCAACUUUUCAAACAGGAACAUGGCGCCUGUUGGAUCAGAUGAUUGGAGCAUAAGAACAAAGGGUGUUGAUGACCAAUUUGGAGAAGAUGCACCUGUAAAUUUGUCCAUAUCUCAUGCUAUUGAAAAUCCUGAAGUAUGUCUUGGCUAUGCUGGAAUUAGAAAAAUUAAAGUCAACCAGGUUAAGGACAGCGACACAGGCAUGCACGCAUCAAGGGAACAUGGUUCUAGUAGGGAAUAUAACAGUAACCUGCCCACAAGUCAGGCAUUCGAUAGGACACAUGAAACCAGCUUCAUAUCACCUGGGCAGGCAUAUGAUAAGGAGCAUGAUAAUGUCACAUUAAUGGGUCAUACCUACAACCUGGGAGCUGCACAUGUCAGACCCUUAGGUGCCAACUAUGGCAAGAGGGAAGAAAAUGUGAUAUCAAUAGGUGACAGUUACAGUAAAGGGAAUGCCAAUAUGAUAUCUUUUGGCGGGUUUCCUGAUGAACAAGAUAUGAACACCAUGGACAGGGCUGCUGCAAACUAUGAUCAAUUGUACCAUCAGUCUUCAGUUCAAACAUCAGAAACUGCGAAUGAGAAAGAAUCGGACGCGACAAAUGUCAAUGCAGCUGAUAAUAAUGCGUCUGUAGCUAAAUCAAGACCAGAACCAGUUUCCAAGAGUAAACCAGAAAUCAAACCGGUAAAGAAACAAGCUCCAAACAGCUUCCCCUCUAAUGUUAGAAGCUUGAUUUCAACUGGUAUCUUAGAUGGCGUGCCUGUGAAGUAUGUUUCCCUGGCACGUGAGGAACUUCGUGGAAUUAUAAAGGGUGCUAGCUAUCUUUGUGGGUGUCAGUCAUGUAACUUCACAAAGGGGCUUAAUGCUUAUGAAUUUGAGCGGCAUGCUGGUUGCAAAACAAAGCAUCCAAACAAUCACAUAUACUUUGAGAAUGGGAAGACCAUCUAUCAGAUAGUACAAGAAUUAAGAAGCACCCCUGAGAGCUUGUUGUUUGAUACAAUGCAAACAGUCUUUGGUGCCCCGAUCAAUCAGAAAUCUUUUCUCAGUUGGAAAGAAUCCUUUCAAGCAGCUACUCGCGAACUUCAGCGCAUUUAUGGAAAGGAAGAACUGAACUUGUAGGAUAUGGCUUAGGCUAUCUCAAAUGUAAGAUUGGUAAUUAUCUUGUAUGUGUAGGAAUAAUCACUACUGGUAUGUAUUUGUAUGACCGAUGGAUGGAAAAAAUGAACACUUUUC